AUGCGCAUUGUCAUCCAGAGGUGCGUCAAGGCCUCUGUGGAAGUGGCUGGGGAAACCGUAGGCUCUAUCGGUCAAGGCCUGAUGGCCCUCAUCGGAAUCGAGCGGAACGACACUUGGAUCGAAUGCGAAUAUUGCUUGCGACGACUGAUCAACGGUCGCUAUUUCGACGCUGACCCCGUACUCAGCGAAGCCACACGCGCUUCGGGCACCCGUGAACAAGUGGCCACCAAGGCUUGGGCAAAGAGCGUGAAAGACAUGGAUCUGGAGAUCCUCAUAGUCUCGCAGUUCACUCUCUACGGGAGACUCACGAAAGGUUCCAAGCCCGAUUUCCACAAGGCCAUGAAGGCGCCGCAGAGUGAAGAGAUGUUCAACAAGUGUGUCCAGUGGGUCAAAGACAACUACAAACCAGAGAAAGUACAAACCGGAGCCUUCGGACGCUAUAUGCAGGUUUCCUUGACAAAUGAUGGGCCUGUGACUAUAGUAUUAGAGCAGAGCGCUCCUGAAGAGUCGACACCUUAA